AUUUUCGAAUGCAAUUUCGUGGUGAUUAUUCCAACGUCUUUGCUGACCUUCAAAAUGAGUCAUUAUCAGCUCAAGCGAAAUUUAUAUUCAUAGCCAAGUCUAGAACCCAUGAACUUCUUCAUCUGAGAUGCAGCCGCUCUGAUAAAAACUCAUCGUGCUCCGUGAACUGAUCCUGUCGGUCUGUUGACAAUCAACUGAAUUGACCCACGUCGAUAGAAAUGGUUGAGCCUCCCAAAUACUUCGAUCGCGUCCUGGAAUUCAGCGGACAAGAACUGACCAUCAAGCAAUGUUACCAGGGAGACGUAGGAUGCGUUGUGUGGGACGCUGCUCUUGUCCUGUUGAAAUUCCUGGAAUCAGACUCGUUCAGGUCAAACCGUGGGAAUUUGGAGCAGAAACGUGUGAUUGAACUAGGAGCUGGGACAGGAGCUGUAGGACUAGCAGCAAGUCUACGAGGAGCUGAUGUGACAGUUACCGAUCUUGAGGACUUCCUCCCCCUGAUGCAGCUGAACAUCGAUACCAACAAAAGUCACGUUAAAGGGACCGUGACGGCCAAGACACUCAAAUGGGGUGCUUCGGUGGCAGACUUUAUGCCUCCUCCAGAUUUCAUUCUGAUGUCAGACUGUGUCUACUAUUUAGAUGCUGUUGAUGACCUUGUAAAGACAUUAAAUGAUCUCAGUGGUCCAGAGACGGAGAUUCUUUGUAGCUACGAGGAGAGAACCAUCGGUCAAAAUCUGAAAUCUCUCGACAGAUUCUUGAAGCUUGUUCAUGAAGACUUCAUUGUGGAAGAAGUGCCACUUGACCAGCAGGAUCCAGUCUAUCGCAGUGAGGAUAUACACAUCCUAACCAUGAAGAAGACGUGACACCAGACCCUGUAAGGCAACAUUGUGAAGUUCAGGGUACACCUCAGUGAAUAGGCAUAAAAAUCUGUCCGCCGAGCUCAUGAAUAAAUGUACUCUUUUUUUAGCCAUGGAAUUAGGGAAUUGAAGACAUUAUGGCACUGUACCUCUGGCCUGGACUUGGGGCUUCCAAUUCUGAGCAUUUUGGAUGCAAUUGGGUCGGAAAGUGGCGCUAUUUAGCCAUGUUGUGGAGGGAUCCCUUUUACAAAAUGGCUACCUUUCCAGUUUUGGAAGCAUUGGGUUUUUUUAGGGGAAGUCUUUGGGUGAGAAUUUCUCCAAAAAGUCAAUGGUCAAGCUACCCAAAAUUGAAAA